AGUGUUUCCGAGGUUUUGUUUCAAGCCCAUCUCAUCAUCAUCACUCACCAAUCCUCAUCCACAAGGCUCAAUCAUCCCCUCUCCGUUUACUCAACAUGGGUAUCAAGACUCUCCUUGCCGCCUCGGCCUUGGCAUCAGUCGCGUGGGCCCAAAGCCUUUGCGACCAGUACGGCUACUGGUCGGCUGGCAAUGGCUACUAUGUCAACAACAAUGCCUGGGGCGCCGGCUCCGGCAGUGGCUCACAGUGCACCUACAUCGACACGAAGCAGUCUGUCGGUGUCUCGUGGCACACUGACUGGAACUGGUCCGGCGGCCAGAACAACGUCAAGAGCUACCCCCACUCCGGCCGUGACCUUCCCACGAAGCGUCUGGUCUCCCAGAUCUCGAGCAUGCCCACCAAGGCCGAGUGGAACUACGCCGGCAGCAACAUCCGCGCCAACGUGGCCUAUGACCUCUUCACGGCCAACAACCCGAACCACGCCACCAGCAGCGGCGACUACGAGCUCAUGGUCUGGCUCGGUCGGUACGGCGGUGUCCAGCCCAUCGGCAGCUUGACUGGCACGGUCAGCGUCGGAGGUCGCAGCUGGGAGCUCUGGGUCGGCUACAAUGGCGCCAUGAAGGUCUUCAGCUACGUCGCCCCGAGCCCUAUCACCAACUUUGACGGCAACCUGAAGCCAUUCUUCACCCACAUGCAGAGCGCCCAGGGGUUCCCGGCCAGCUCUCAGUAUCUCAUCACCUACCAGUUUGGCACCGAGCCCUUCACCGGCAACGGCGCCAAGUUCAGCACCUACUACUUCUACGGUGACGCCAACUAGAGUAUUGCGCACAGAGACACUGACUGACACCACUUAUGCCACGAAAGUCCCGCCACGGCUCCGUGGUGGCACUCGCAGGCCGACGACGAAGGGGCGCGUUCCCGAGUGGGCACGAGGGACCGGGACUUGGUCUUAUCAUUCUCUUUGUGGACGUAUUUCUGCCGCACGAUGACAAUCUACCCAUCACUCGUUUUGGGGAGGCUUCUUGGACGUACAGACGUACGAACAUAUUCGACUUCUUUUGUAAAUAUUUUGAAAGCUGCUGAUAGACAUGACAAUUGAUUGCCGGAGAGUAUAUAACGUCAUCAAGGUAUACACCCAGUGCUUGACGAAAAUUAGCGAUUCUGAUGUAUUGCUUCUGCUGUUGACGUUGGAUCAGACACCGUCAUACUGUAGCAGGGCAAGCGUGAUGG